AUGAGAGUACCGCUCAACCACUUGCUGCUGCAUCCGGCUUCUCCGCUGCCCUGCCACUAUACUGCCUCCUGCGUCUCUUGUGCUACACCGCUCCCACGGUACGCCGUAGUCGCUGAGCGGUACACCAUCUUGAAUCGCGCUGAGCACACAACCCAGACCACGCGAAACGAGCCAAACCAUCGCCCAAACACCAUGCCAUCAACCGCUCCACCCGCGCCAGCAAUCCCCAGCGUCUAUCGCUUCGUCUUUUGCUGGCUCGAGCCCGUCUCCAUCCUCACAGGCGCCAUCUAUGCACACUUCUUCCAGUCCACCUACCUGCACUUGACGCAUGCAGCCAGCUCACCGGGCGUCUCGCUUCCCAUCUCAACAUCCAUAGUCAUGUCACAGUUAGCGAAUUUGUACCUAGGACUUGCUUUUUUGGAAGCCUCGGUCUUGCGCGCCACUCCAGACAUCAAAGUCUGGAAGACCUUCUUGGUCGGCUUACUUGUCGCCGACCUAGGACAUUUGCUCACUGUCCUGCCCCUCGGAACCCACAUCUACUGGGCCUUUUGGCGGUGGAACGCCAUUGAUCUGGGGAACGUCCCGUUCGUUUAUUUCCUAGCCGUGACGCGCAUCUGCAUGCUCCUUGGCGUUGGCUUCCAGAAGGAAGGUGUGAGCUCAAGAUCGAAGAUGACAUGA